UCAGAAUCUCAUCUCCUCGGCUGAAGAGAACGACCUUGGAGGCCCAGAGUUAGCAAGGAUUCAGGGAAUGUUAGAGAAGCCUAAGCUUGAGUUUGCUCUUGCAUGCAAGGAUCUACUGGCCGCUGCCCGUGACCGAAAGCUGAAUACAUUUGUACAGAUCUCUGUGGCACAACCAACAGAGCAAAGUUUAACAAGAUAUGCAAACACAGAAAUAGUAGAGGGAACAAGAGACCCACUGUUUUUGACUGGUGUGACGUUUCCUUCGGAGUAUCCCAUCUACGAAGAAACUAAAAUAAAGCUAUCGGUGUAUGAUGUCAAGGAUAAGUCUCAAGAAACUGUUCUUCCAGAAACCAGUGAGACCAGAACAAGUGCUGGGGCAAGUCUAACAGAGCAACCCAUGCUUUGUCCAUGUUGUGAGACACACACAAAGACUUCAGCCCAGAAAAGUUUCCUGGGCUGCACUACGUUUAAAGUAAAAGACCUGGUGAAAUCAAAGGAGCAACAAUUGUCCCUGAAUCUCAAGUCUUUAAAUGGUGGAAAGACUAUUGGUAGUAUUGAAGUGAGUCUUGUGAAGAUGGGGGAGAUACAAAAUGGAGAUGCAGAUCAAAUUACAGCAGAGCUGCAAGUACAAAAGUGUUCUUUAGUAUGUGAGUGCUCUUCAUCUGAAGCAAUAAGUGGAAAGGACAAUUUACUACAUACAGAAAACAAAAAACAACCCAAAGAAGCAGGCAGAGAAGAUUGUGGCUUACUGACGGGGAAAAAUGUGUUAAAGAAUCCCAUCUAUAAGUUUUAUAGAUUCCCCUCAUCUGAUAACAAGUGGAUUUGUGUCCGGGAGCAGAUGUCAGAAAGCUGUAUGUCUUUCCACAUCCCAAAAGAACUGCUUUCCCUGUACUUAAAAGAAGACACCAGAAGGAUUGAACAACUAAAGGAUUUGGGUGAACUCUCGCCACACUGGGAUAACCUACGACAAAAUGUGAUUACUCAUUAUGAGGAAAUGGUAUGCGUCUACCAGGAUAGCCUCUCAGAGUUAGAAAAACACACAGGGUCUUCUUUCAAAUCCAGCUGUAGUAAAGGAGAAAGAAGUCUAGAAUUUGUUCCAAUUAAUCUACAUUUACAAAGAAUGCGUGUUCACAGCCAAAAAUUAAAAGAUGCGCUUUAUGAUGUCAUCACUACUGGAGCCCCCGCAGCACAUUCUCAGGGAUUUAAGAAUGGAGGCCUCAGGAGACUCCUCAGCAGAUUUGAGGCGGAAAAGCGAAAUACUGGGUACCAGUGUAUUUACUAUUCACCUGAAAAAACAGCUAAGGCAAAGGAAAUUCUAAGUAACAUCAAUCACCUCCAACCUCUUAUAUCAAGCCAUGCAGACCUCCUGCUUAAUUCAGCAAGACAGCACUCUGCAGACAGCCUGAAGAAUUCUUUAAAAGAUCUUUCAGAGACGACAGAGAUGUUUGUUCAUGCAUUUAAGGACCAACUAGUGAGCAGUGCACUUUUGGCUUUAUAUACAGCACGACCAGGCUGUGCCAUUAAAAAGCUAACCGAUCCUAUGAAUAAUACAAAUUUGAAUGACACAGUGAGUCCGAACCAUUCACACCAAAUAACUCGUCAGGAUUCAAUACCUCACCAUUCAGAAUAUGACGAGGAGGAAUGGGAUAGGGUGUGGGCCAAUGUGGGAAAGAGCUUACACUGUAUUAUUACCGUGACGGACAAACUACUUGAAGAAGAAAACAGCACAAAGGAGAGAAUUGACUGCCCAUCUGCAGAUCUUACUACAUCUCACAUAAAUGAUGACUGGCAUGAACAGUUAUAUCCUCUGAUAAUUACACUGAAGGAUUGUGUUGACGAAGUGGUGGAUAAGGCAAAGAAAUCAAUGACUUUUGUUGUUCUGCAAGAGCUGGCGUGUGGUUUGCCGCAGUGUUUGAAACUCACCUUCAGAAGAGAUGUGGUUUUUAGCCAAGCACUAUCCGGACUGGUCUGUGGAUUUAUAAUCAAGCUACUUUCAAGUUUGCACAAUCAGGAAUUUCUACAACAGCUAUACACUGUGGGGCUACUUGUUCAAUAUGAAGGUCUGCUGAGCACAUAUAGUGAGGAAGUUGGAAUGCUAGAAGACAUGGCUGUUGGCAUAUCAGAUUUGCGUAAUGUUGUGUUUAAGAUAACAGAAGCAAAAUCGGAUGACUUCCUUCCAGUUGUUACUGGACGAAGACAGUGCUAUAUAGUAGAGGUCAAACUACCAACAAAAAUGUUUGAACUUCUCCCCCAAGAGAUAAGAAAUGGAAAAUCGCUCAGCGUUUACCCUGUGUUCUUUAAUGUUGGGAUUAAUGAACAACAAACAAUUGCAGAAAGAUUCGGUGACACCUCUUUGCAAGAGAGCAUUAAUCAGGAGAAUGCUGAAUAUCUGAAAGAGUAUUACAGGCUAUGUACUGAUCAGUUGGCUCCACAGUGUCCACAGUUAUUCCAAGAUCAGAAUGACUUAAAAGAGCUUCUUGAAAAUUUACACCAAAACACACAAGCAAAGAAGAGGAAAAAUGUUGAUAUAAUGUGGCUGGCAGCUUCUAUAUGCCGGAAAAUGAAUGGGGUUCGAGUCACAUGCUGUAAAAGUGCCAAAGACAGGACAUCUAUGUCAGUCACUCUGGAACAGUGCUCAGUCCUAAGAGAUGAACAUGAGUUGCACAAGGACUUCUUUAUUAGAGCUCUUGAUUGUAUGAGAAGAGAAGGAUGUCGCAUAGAGAAUGUAAUGAAGAAUAUCAAAUGCAGAAAAUAUGCAUUCAACAUGAUACAGCUGAUGGCUUUCCCAAAGUUCUACAGACCACCUGAGGGAACAUAUGGAAAAGUUAAUCAUUAAAUUAACCGUCAAGUUAUAUGUAAUAUUUACUGGGUAUAAUAAUGCAAAUUGAAUAAUGUUUGGUAUAGAUAGAACUGGCUUGCAUCUAUUAAUAACAGAAAUUGCACAUGUUGCAUUAGAACUUGGGGAGAAUAUAUUCUAGGUAACUACAUUUAUAGCACGUAUAUUGAAAGGGACAGUAAAACUUUUUUUUUUUUUUAAAUGUUUACCAUGUCUUUAAAUGUCAUGUAUGAGUAAGCAUUGUAUUGUACAGUGCCUUAUUUAUCAAUAAUGUACCUCAGAAACACAGUAUUGUAGCAUUCACAUUUCCGCCCCCAGAUUGGCUGUUUUUGUUUUUUGAGUUUCAGACCGUAGAGCCCAUGCACACUCCCCUUACAAGCUGGCUUCCUGUGUUCGCAUUACACCUUGUGCAGGGAGUGUGCACAAGGACUGUGCAACUCUAUUGGUGCAGUCCUCACUGGCUAAAUGCCUGGACACCUCAAAAUUAGAAAAAAUCAGCUGAUCUGGGGAGAGUGCUACAAGACUGAGUUUCUGAGGUACAUUAUUAUUAAAUAAGGCACUGUACAAUACAGUUUGUACUCAUACACAACUUUUAAAGGCACAGUAAACCUAUUUAAAUAAAUAAAAACAACAAGGUUUACUGUUACUUUAAAUAAAGUUUCCACAAUGCAACAUGUUAUACAGUUUCUUUGAGGUGCAAAUGCAUCUUUUGUUUUGAUAGUUUAAAAUGCAAAAUAAUAAAUGUCACAUGGGAAACAAAACAAAAAUAAGAUGUUUAGCAACUGACUGAUGCCCCUUGCUUAGCAAAUGGAAGCAAAACAUGUAGAUUUAAUUUAUUAAACAAAAAAAAAUGGUGCUAAAAUAUGGUUAUCCAACAUUUUACCAGAUUAAAACUACUGCCACUUGUGUAAUUAAUUGAAAUUUGGCUUUAAGGAAUGUUUUAAUGUAUUUUAUAGUAAGAGAGCAACAAAUGUGUUUUUGGAAAGAGCUACAGAAUAUUUUCCUGUGAUAAAUCUGGUGAAAACACAAAGUAUUUUGGAAUAAAAAGUAUCAAUAGUGAUGCAGAGUUGGCCAUGCCAGUCCCUUAUUUAGGCCUGAAGAAGUAACCACUAUGUCAUUACAGUUGGACAUUUUCUUCUUUUCAGUUUUCCAUUAAAUCUGUCACUUUAUUGCACGUAUUCUUUAUUGCAAAAGACUUUGUGAUUUCAUCUACACUUAAAAUGGUAAUUGUUUUGUUUUUUGCAUGAGAAAAUAAAACAAAAAACAAUAGUGGCUAGUUGAUAAUUCUUAGGCUAACCUUCCUUAUAGACAAGCUUUUCAAUUAUAACUAGUUAAUUUUAUAAAUUUAAAUUUACUCUCAGGACCAAAUCACAUCUUCAUAAAUAUGAUACAGGUCAUUGUACCUCUAAAUAGUAAGAACCAAGGAUGCUGAAAACAUAGCAAGUAAAAAAACACAACUUGAUUUUUUUAAUAAUAUAAUUUUAAAUCAUGUUUUCUUUAUUAACACAUAUUAUACAUUAUUUGUAGAAAUGUACAUGGUUGUUAAUCUCAAUACCAAUUUCAUGUUUUUGAAUCCAGAUAAAUAUUAAAUACAAUAUUACAAGUGCUGCAUACUUUAGAACGUGUAUCUGUAGGAUGUUUAGACUUACAAACUUGGAGAAUGACAUUUCUCUGUGUAUCUUUUUUUAUUUAAUCCAAUGGAUUACUUUAUUCAUUUGUUGUGUUUGCAAUUUUGAACCAAAAACGUGAGGCCAGCUGGUACCUGGUAUAAAGAAGCCUUUUAUUUAAAUAUAGCAAUUUGAAUUUUUUUAAUUUUUCAUAUUUAUGUUGUCUUUUAUAGGCCCUAUUCUAUUUUACAUGUGAAACCAAAACCUAUACUGUAUUAGCUAUAGAAAAAGCUGUGUAAACGAGAUGCAGCAGCGAUACUCAACCUCCCAGUCGACAGUGGGAAAGAGCCCAGCUAAUUUCUAAAGGUGUUUCUGCAGCUAAUUGGAAUACAAUUAACUUGUAUCAGCUACUUGCCUGAUUACAUAAGAAUACCAGACAUCUGUGUUGGUUCCAUAACCUUAUAAUUGGCUGAAUCCUCCUCUGACAUAAACACAUGAUGGGUUUUAACAAUGCAAAGUUGACAAACCAUUAGAAAACCAUAAACAAACAAGCUAAUACAAAUGGAUUAGAAUGGAUCUGAAUUAAAAAAAAUCUUUGAGAGUUGUUCUAACAAAUUGGAAUGGACCGAUUUGUAUGAUUUUCAUGUUUUGUUUUUCUACUGAAUAAGAAUUUAGUCUUCAUUUCACAUUUCAUGUUCAAGAACUUUUUUAUGAUCAAAGGAAACAAUUAGCCAAAUGUAUUUUUCAGUAUUUUGAUUAUAUGUUUGGCUAAGUGCAUAUCCUGUUUUGUUGUGUGUAUUCAUUUCCAUUGUAUACCAUGUAUAUAUCUUUUUAUUUAAAUAAAUAUUGUUUUUAUUUUUUG